AUUUCCCGGGGAUUUGAGCAAUCUCUCCGAGUUGCAGCAACUAUUUCUUGUUGGAAAUCCUAUUUCAAGCCUGCCAAAAGCCAUUAAAGAUCUUACGGGGCUCCAAACAUUGGACUUGUCAUGGUGUCAAAAUCUGCGGCAGAUUAUAUGGCCAUCGAUCGGUUUAGAGAUACUGGUUGUCACAGAGUGCCACGCAUUGGAAAAAAUUACGUCCGAGAGUAGUACUAGCACCUACAAUCGCAUCUCACACGGUGCUUGCUUCAAUUUAAAUUACGUACAGUGGUGUUUCAAGAUCUUACCCGUCAAAGAAAUUGAUGUGGAACUGCUCAACAGUAUAGGCUUCUUCAACUUGGACUCUAUGGCUGAUGUCGAGGCCUUCAUUGUUAAUACAAUUGUGUGGAGUAGAAAGAAACUUCCCAUUCAGAUACUGUGUGAAGAUUACAUAUUCACUACAUUUUUUCCGGGGAGAGAUGUUCCACACUGGAUUAGCAAUAAGAACAGUGGAUCCACCAUAUCAUUUACAGCGACUUUAUCUCCUCAUCUCAAUUUUCGAGGCUUGAAUGUUUGUUUCGUGUAUACACUUCCGGCCGAUAGAGAAUGGUUGCUAGAACCCGUACAUUUUGAAAUCAAUAACAAGAGCAGUGGCACGAAGUCGGUCUAUAGACCAAGGUACUAUGGUCUUCCAGAAGAAGGUGGAGAUCUGGUAUGGUUAAGCCAUUUUUUCCAAGCAAAUCAGUUUACAGAGGGGGACGAAGUCGAAGUUUCAUUCGGGAUUACAAGUGAUGGACAAAUUAAGGAGUGUGGAGUCCACCUUUUGUAUUUCGUAGAAGAGGGACAAGCAUCCCAUGCAAUACCGUAGCACUCUACACCAUUCCUGGGAUUCGAGUAUGUUUCCAUAUGUGCCUUACGCAGGUGCGAACCUUUUCUGCCCUUGUGAUUAUAUAAGCAUACUACGAUGGUCUGGCUUGAUAUGGCUUCAAAUAUGAGGACAUUAACAAACUACAAGUUUGCUUAGGUUUCUUAUUUUAGAAAGAUGAUCAUAGGAAAUUGAGACCUCUGAAAUGCAAAUAUGGUCGGAAAAUCUACUAAAUUUUUUUUAGUCUGGAACCCAACACUAAAUUAUAUGUAGACAGUAUAACCUGAAUGUUCUUCAUUUCUUAUGAAGUCGUGAAGAUGUUGUGCGCAAGAAGGACGUAAACCAAAAACACACACACAACACGAAUCAAUUUAGAGAGAAAAUUUCAGCACGCCAAACCGGAGCUCAACUCAACUCCCGCUCUCUGGUUCUCUCUCGCUCUGAGCUACUGCCUCACUCUCACCGCACUCUAUCUCAGACCCACGCCUAUCCACAUGAUAAUUACAUGUAUAAAGACCUUCUGCAAUGCCUCUGUUGCAGCUGAUGAUGUCUAAGGCUUCUAAAAGGCCACCUUUUUGGUCCAUUAGUUUUGAGCCAAAUCGAUAUUCACAGAAGAUAUGUUGUGUGAACAUUUACCAAUGGUUUGUGAUUAAUGUGUGUAGAAGCAAAAGUAGCAGAAGCUACAACAGGAUCAGAAGAAGCAGCAUUGAGCGCUGGAGUGGAUACAGAUGGUGUGACUGACGACUUGCUCCAAUGAAGCGUCGAGCUCCUGCAAAUUUCAGACAUUCUCAAUCAUUUAUAUAUCCGCUGAAUCUC